GCAAGCGACAUGUCCCUGUGGGGAGCAGAGCCUCUGCACCCCAGAGUGAGGAGGACGCCGGGGUCAGAGGUGGCUGCAAGGCGGGCAGAGGAGGGCCCUGCGAAGGGGGGUGGGCUCGUGGCCCCGAAGCAAUCAGGAAGGGAGGCCGGCUGGUGACAGGAGAGCCCGGAGGCCCGUGGGGCUGCGUGGACAGCCCGGAAGAUCACAGCCAUGCCUCACAGCUCCGACAGCAGCGACUCCAGCUUCAGCCGCUCUCCACCCCCCAGCAAACAGGACUCAUCCGAUGAUGUGAGAAAAGUUCAGAGAAGGGAGAAAAAUCGCAUUGCUGCCCAGAAAAGCCGGCAGAGGCAGACACAGAAAGCUGACACCCUCCAUCUGGAGAGUGAAGACCUGGAGAAACAGAACGCGGCGCUGCGGAAGGAGAUCAAGCAGCUCACAGAGGAGAUGAAGUACUUCACAUCGGUGCUGAGCAGCCACGAGCCCCUGUGUUCCGUGCUGGCCGCCGGCGCGCCCUCGCCCCCCGAGGUGGUGUACAGCGCCCAUGCCUUCCACCAGCCGCACGUCAGCUCCCCGCGCUUCCAACCCUGAGCUCCCCGAGAGGCAGGGCUGGCAGAGCCCCCACCCCAGCUGCUCCCAGGCCUCAGGAGGGGCACACAGACUGUGGCCCGGCGGCGGCCCUUGUCCCUCAGCGUCCUCUCCCCGCCUGGAGACCCGAAGCCCGACGCCUUGGACCAGGAUUGAACACAGGACGUGGCACCUGGAAGCAUGUGUGGCCGCAGGGCAGUGUGUUGCCUGCUGGGAGGCCUGGGCUGGACCUUGGUGGGGUGGGAGGCCCCGUCCAGGGGGAAAGGAGGGCGGGGUUAUUUUUCUCUAUAAAAGUCUGAAAAGAAGCCAUUCUGGCAAGGGCUUGAAACCUUCA